AUUUCAGUGAAUAUGAAGUGCAGCCUUUAACCAAGGAAGCCUCCAGGCAGAUGAUGAGUUGGAGACUAAAUGAUGAGACCAGUGAUGACCAGGAUAUUAAAGCACUGGUUGAAAUUGUUGUUCUUUGUCGCAGUAUACCCUACCUACUUAAGGGAGCAGAGCAAUUGCAGCGGCAAAAUUACUCCAAACCUUCAAAAGUGCUGGAGAAAUUGAAUGCUCUGAAAAGCAAGGGGGUACCAGAUAAGUAUGUUUGUAUUAGUUUACAGUUUGAUUCUCUACCAAGUGAUCCGCUGAAACAAGUUGCUGUAAAGAUUUCUCUUCUCCAACGGCCUUUCUCUGUGUCCACUGCAAUGGAAAUCGCUGAAUCCUCCUCAAAUAGUUAUGAUGCAGAGCUUGACCUUGAAAUGUUAGCAACACACAAAAUCCUUACAGCAGAAAAUGUUUAUGGAGAGAGGAAGUAUGACUUUCAUGCACUCUUCAGAGAGUUUGUUACUUCGUAUCUGUGUAAUAAAGACCCGGUCUACAAACAUGCGUACGAGAAAGCAGAAAAUCAGUUUGCCGAACACUUUUCCAAGAUAUUUACUCAACUUGCAAAGAAUUUARAUAAMGAUUUUGUUGGUACAUACAAAGAGCUUGAAGAAGACAAAGCCAAUCUCGAAUUAUUCAUUGACCUUGCGACCCGGAAGGAAACUCUUGACUUGAUUCUUCAAUCUGAAGAUGUUAAGAAGACAGGAAGUGUGGCUAUGCUGUUUGAGGCAUUCAAGAGUACUAAAGAAAGAAGAAAGCUUUUUGGUGAAUGGGCAAAGAUUAUGGAAAAGAAAGGAAGCUGGUUAUCUAGUGCCAAUUUUAGAUGUUGGGAGUCUAUCCAGUUGUCUGACAUGGAGGGAACACAAAGUGCUUGUGAAGCACUAAAAAGAGCUGAAAUGUCGCUAGCAAAAGCCAUGUUAAUGCUCAAGCCUGAGAAGCUGAAGGCUGCAAAAGGAUUGUGCAAGUACUGCAGUGGUCGAAUAAAGUUCAUAAGCAGUGCAAACCUGAUAGACGAAUCGGGUAAAGUUGAAAAGGAGCGGCUUCUCGGACAAGCUCUAUGCGAUUUAAAACAGUCACUUGCCAUACACAAGGAGGUGUACGGUUAUCAUACCCUUACUGCAAGGACAUUAAAUCUUAUUGGAGAUUGCUACAUGGAAUGUGGUAAGCCAAAAGAGGCAUUGACGUUUUACCAGGAAGCCAUGGACAUGAAAGUCAAACUUGUUGGUGAUGAGAAACAUUUCGAUAUACCAACAUACUACWAUCAGCUAUCACAGGUCUACGAAGCACUUGGUAAGGAAGAAACGUCUUGGAGUGCGACUUAUGAGAAUUAUGAAAAGGCUGCUCAAUACUUGGAGAAAGCAUUAAGUCUGCAAGARGAACUUGGAGUAAAUGACACAGUCCACACAGCAACGUUCCAAAGAAACUUUGCAAACAUUCUUAUCGUACUUGAAAAGUAUGACCAGGCCCUUGUGUUUUCGGGGAAAUCGUUCAAAAUACGAAACGCGCUCCUUGGUAAGCACCCAGAGACCGUGAGGAUUCUGUACCUGAUUGGGGUCAUUCAUGAACUUAAAGGUGACUAUGAAGCAGCUCUAGGMAGUUAUGAAGAGGCUUUUGUAAUGGAGGAGUCUUUACCUGAAGACAACCACAGUGUUGUAAGAAAAAGAAUUUGUGAUAAACUUAAAGGAAUGUGUGAGGACCUGGACGAGAAAGGCAAACUGGAAGAGUAUGGACCAAAAAUGGAGAAAAUUCGCAAGAAGACGGACGCCGAUGCUGGAAAGAACCCUGAUGCUGAUGCUGAUACUGAUGCUGAUGCUGAAGCGGGAGAGGGGACAGACGUAAUAACACUAGACGACAAAGGAGGAUACUAUGAUUUCUCAAGCGAYUUCUUUUUUCUUGAAGUUCCACGCAAUGCCGUGAACACACCAGUUAAAGUCAAGUACAAAGUUGACCCUUGUCGCUGUCAACCGCCCAUGGCAGGAGUUCAGAUCAGUAAACUGACUAUCUUAGCGGUUGUAACCAGACUCAUCACAGAUCGAUUCCAAGUCACACCCAAAGGAUGUGUUGUCAGGUCUUCAGUAUGGGAUGAUGUCGCGAUUGAGUUCCCUCAAGGAGCUGUAGACAAGACCGUAGAAGGGACAUUGAAAUUGUUACUAAUGACACAGAGGAAGUACCUUGAAAACGAUGAGUAUGGAUAUCCGUGCCCAAUAUUAUUGGUGGAUGGUUUUGAAGGUGUUGGUCUCCAAAAAACCGUCACCAUAAGGAUGCCACACCCUUGUCCCGUGAAAUGUCCUGUGGAAUUUGUUCGUGUUGGACUUUUCAAAGCGAAAGAUGAGCAUAGACGGCCUGUUAGUAUGUUGAAGGCUCUCAAAGUGACCCUAGCUUGUGUUGCUAACCACGAUGAAAGACACAUGAGAGAGAUGAAAGAAUCUCAUGAAGWGCUGGCUAUUGCRACCUCGGUGAGUCCACUGCGACAAGGUGACAAAGCCUUGGUCAAGGUAGGAGGAGACUUUAAGGAAAAAUACCAAAGGAACGAGCAGGAAAAAGUCAUUCUUGUGUUUUUAAAAGACGAAAAGUUUGUCGCAGAGAUAAAUGUCUGUCGGAGAAAAGAAGACAUUCAGAAUGAAAACGACAGGGAUAGAGAACUUAUUGUUUCACUUUACAAAGAAAUUGACAAUUCCUUUUUGUGCCAACUUUCUACUGGUGAAACAGAAGGCACGAGGCAGACUUUAACUUCUUCUGAAGGCGUAGAGUUUAUUAAAAAGGAGCUUGGUCUUUGGUCAGGUGAUAAUAUUGAUGACUUUUUUGGUAAAUAUGAAAAUUUUGCCUUGGAUCAACCACAACAUCSAGUGUCUGUUUCCGAAUUGGAAGAAACUAUCCGUAAACUUAAACUUUCCAUUGGUGCAAUAAUUGCUACGAAUAUUAGUAAUGUGCCAGAGGUUGAAGCAACGUGUUUCAGAAUCGGAACCAARUACGUUAUUACCAACAAGCAUGUCAUUAAUGAAAUACGCAAGUUGCGUAUCCCAUUGAGUAGGUGUCAUGUUGACUUCAACUAUAAAGAAGAACAACAAGRCURUUGUGCUCRUYUSGCCKCACSURACCCUGUGUUGGUCUCCUCUGAUGAGCUGGACUAUGYCAUUCUCGAGUUGYGUUCAAAUGAUGGUGAGGRUKUUCCUCCGAGUGUGACUGAGUUAGGAUUUAAUAUCGCCCCACCUGGUCGUCAGCUUAGAGGUGGAGAAUGUUUAACGUUAAUUGGGCACCCUGGAGGACUUAAAAAGCAAAUAGAUGUCUCGUGUCCAAUCGUGCUACAACAAGAUAUUCGAAAACAUCUAAAUAACAAAAAUUUGUAUUGCAUGAUUCAAAAGGCCUACGAUCAUCCAGAUUGUGCUACCUACGAUGUAAGCACGUUUUUCAAUGGGUCUUCUGGAUCUCCUGGGAUUUUGAUGCAGAAAAAGCUAUUGGUGGUUCUCCACAGCGGUGGGAUUCCUSUUCAGGGAACCAAUAAGUCUCAUGUAUUAGAAUAUGGCACUUUGAUUUCGUCCGUUGUCAGAGAUGUUAUGCAUAAGAUUGAUAAUGGUACAAUUCAAAACGUGACUCAUGGACUGGAUGACAUUUUUGGUGGUUCGACUUCCUCAAUAUUUGACCAGUGCUCAGCGCCAAUGGACAUUGAUCAAGAUUAA